AAUCUAUUACGCUCUCCCUCCCCCAACCACUCUUUGUCACUCGCUGUUUGAAGAGCUCCCAAGAUACCAGUCGCCAGGUCCGGCACAGGAGCGGGGACGGCGGUAUUCCCGCGCCCUUGACCGAGUGGGGCGCAGCCCCCGUACUCUGCGGAGGCUGCUGCCAGUCGGUGUCCGGGAGUGUGCGGAGCUGUGUGUCAGUGUACGAUGAGAGAGUGCGCGCCAACGUGUGUAUACCGACACCACUACACAAUAUGAUCGCCUUAGCCUUCUUGUGUCUUGUAUGGCUGGUAGAGGGGGCAAUAGUAGCCCCACCGUGGGCUGAUCCUGACCAGAACCCCUGUGCCUCUCAGCCUGGUGGGUGGCAACUGCUCUUCUGGCCUGGCGAUGGCAAAUGUUACAAGAUAUUCCACCAGGGACCACCAUGCCCCGCCUCCAUGGAGCUGACACCUGGUGCCAACCGUACUGCCGAGUGCCGUUGUCCACCCGGCUCUGCCCAGCUGGCUCCAGACAGCCUCUGCUACAAGCUUUAUACCACGGAACCCUGUCAGCUUGGGGAGUAUUUCGCUCCGGCCCAAGGGGUGUCAGGAGAGCGGUGGGGCGUGUGCAGACACGUGCCCUCAUGUCCCCGGCCAGAAGAGCUGUUCCACCCCCGCUCAGGCCGCUGCCACUCACCGUACACUCAGGGCCCGUGUCCACGUGGACAGCUGCUGGCACCCACGGCCCCCACCAGCCCUGUAGCUCAAUGUCGCUGUGAUGACAACGGCAGACUAGGCCGCUACUACUGGCCCCCGUCGGGCACUUGUCACCCUCACUUCACCUCCGGCCCUUGCCCCGAGCGGGGACAACUGUUCCUCCCUGAGGGCAAGUGUGGGUGUCACCCCGGCCUCCAGCAGUACCAUAACUCCUCCGGCCUCUGCUACCAGAUAGGCACCGUAGGUCCAUGCCCCACUGGUCACUACUUCACCCUUCCAGAGCAUUUCGAUCACGACACAGCGUUGAGCGAGCCUGUACAUGCUGAGUGCCGUUGCAAAACCGGCCAUGUACAAUGGCAUGAGGACGGUAACUGCUACAGACCGUACACACGCGGUCCCUGCCCUCAGGGGCAGAUGUUCAGUGUCAAUCUUCAGGAGGGCAACCAGACGGCCUCAUGUGAGCCACUGCCUUGCCCACCCGGCAGACUGUACUUCCCCGGAGGCAAGGGGUGUCACCGGGUCGGAUCUCAAGGUCCAUGCCCCCCUGGCCAGGUGGUGCUGUUCCAGGAGUCUGUCCGGACAUCUGUGGAAGGCAUCUCUUACCAGGGCAUGUGCGGCUGUGCCACCCAGGUCCAUGAUGGCAGGUCGUUCUACCCUACCUUGCGGUCUGAUGAGAGAACCAAGCAAGGUGGUCGCUGCGAGAGCAACAGUCGUAGGGAUGACAAUACCGUAGACCUGCCUACUGAGGGUAGAGGCUUCCCCUCCCCACACGUCAGCGACCGGUGCUCUAGUAAGCGAGGAUAUGUAACAUGGGAGGACGGUUCAUGCCAGCGCCUGUACUCAAGAGGAGCGUGUUCGGCCGGACAGUGGGUGGUUCCGGACAGUAGCAAGGGCCGGCGACAGGGCCGAGGGGGGAACCCAGGUCCUGCCAUGGGCAAGUGUGAAUGUCUACCCAGCUUCACCCCUAGUGUCGACCCCAGGACAGGACAGCUCACGUGUCAACCCCCCUCCGUCAGACUGGCUCGUUACCUCAACAGUGCUCUCAACACAUCUUAGUUCGUUAAUUGACUUUAAAUAACAUAAGUUCCUUGGUCUAUUGUUAACCUUACCGUAAGUUGUAACUUUGCUUUAGUUAAAGCAUCACUACAAAUCAUCGAGAAGGAAACUUUAAGGUCAUCAAUUUUAUCUACAACAACCAGCUCAAGUUACAAUGAUAAUUAAAUUCCUUCAGUUUAUUAUCAAAAGAUAAUGUACUUUUGACAAAGUGGUCAUGAUUUCAGAUAUUACAAAUGAUCUUGAAUGACCAUAAAAUCUGUGAAAUUUAUCAUCUUUUUAUUAAGUAGAUGGAUUAAAAUAAUAAAAUUUGUAGCAAUCAAUUUGACAGGAAUAAAGUUACCGAUGGAAUUUAUUUUCAACGUGAACGUUAAGAAACUGUGUAAUGUUACCGCAUCCAAGAACUGAUAUAUGUGUAUAUUAAUGUAGGGUAUAAAAGCAUUGUCACUGUCAAACAACGUAUUAUUUAAAAUGUAAAUAUACUUAUAGAAUAGUUUUAAUACUUUAAAAGCCUGUACAUGCCUGUGAUUAUUUAUUAAAUGACAAUGCAAACCGUGAAA